UUUGUUUAAACGUGCAAAUAUAAAUAAAUGUUUAAGUUGAUGUUUUGAAUAAGAUGUUUACAUGACCAAAAAUUCACUUUAUGCCAGCUAUGUCAACACAAUAUUUGCAGUGUUGGUUUCUGCAAUUAAUGGGCAUGCAUAAUUUUCAAUUUAAUAGUGGUCCAAAAAUCCUAUCAUGCAUGACAAAGACCAGAGCACGAGAGAUGAAUGCACGUGCAAAAGGUUCUAAAGUUAGUCAACAUGAAAAAAAAAAUGGGAAGGGAAAGGGAACAACAGAAAGCGCAGUAAACCAGUGGAAUAAAGGCAGUGGGGAGGGUCCGGUUCUCCACAUCCACAUGCACGAGGACACACCGGUAAGUGGGCGUGACUAUGCUGGAAGCUGAGGGCUCGGUUCUACCUGCACUACAUAUAUGUGCUCUGUGAGAGAGAACUUCACACCUGCACACCUGUCUGAGGUCAACAUCUUAUCUGAACACUCUUUGGCUUUGAAGCAGGAUCCACAUCUACAGGUACAACUUUGUCUUUUUCACUUUAAGUCUGAGUAUUAUAAAUGCAAUGUGGAUAUCUUGGUAUGAGAUUAAUAUUAACGUAAGACUGUAAUGCUGAUUUCUCUAUUACCUAUUAUUUAUGCUGUGGACAAAAGUUAUUUCUGUAUUUCCCUGAGGGGAGGUAAUUCUUUUAAUUUAUCUAUCCAUCCAUUCGUCCAUUCAACAGCAGCUAAAGCAAGCUUCACAUUCCUCGGUUUAAACAAUUAAUUCUAAUUUGAUCUGUGUGUAUGUUCAUGCAUGUAGAUUGUUGGAUAGAUAUUUUUAAAAUGUAGAUAUAUGUUGUUCAAGUAAGUUAGGCUAUAUCUAUCUAUCUAUCUAUAUAUGAAGGCAAAAAAGAAAAGAAAGUAUAGUCUAUCAAAAUAGAAUUCUCCAAGUAUAGCUAUUUAUGUAUAUGAGUAAAAAAAAAAAAAAAAGAAAUUUGUUUUUUCAAAAUAGAAAAAGAAAGAAAAAACGAAUUCCAGCGUAUGUAUAUUCUGAUUAGCAUUUAUUGGACAAAAAAAUAAAAAAUGUAAUAAUUGUUCUAAAUUGUUUCACAUGUUACCCAUACAUGAUGAACCAGACACAUGCGGUGAUAAUAAAAUUUAGUUUCCAUACCGUUUACGGCAUGGAAACUUUCAUACACAUUAUGAUGGGGAAAGUGGCAGAUUAAUUUUCAGAUUAUUUUGACAACUCCUAAUAAUGAACUCCCAAGACAAUAGUCAGGAAAGUCUGGUCAGUUCUCACAGAAAUUAUUCUUGCAAAGGGCCAAAUGACUUAAAUGUUUGUGUAAACGGUAUGAAAUCAUUUAUUAAAGUCCCGCAGCAAAAGAUGAAAGGAUGUGUCAUUUGGUUGACCUCAGAUUUAUCCACUGGUCCAGGUUACGAAAAGUGAAAACAAAAUGACUGUACUGGUGAUAUAUUUUAGUGGCAUUUCUUGAGUGAAUUCGCUGAAAUAGUUGUAACUCUUGCAGGUUAACAUCACCAUGUUCCGCUGCGUAACAUCUGAUCUGGCAGUGCUUAUGGUGCCUAUGGUUCUGUUGGUGUUGCUAAUGCCUAUUAGCUGGAGUUUUCAAGCCCUGACCCCUGGCUGCCACCUUUACCCAUUCAACGUGACCAUACGGACAGACAAGCGAGGGACCUGUCGAGGAACGCAGUUGGUGUACGCCUGCGUGGGCUACUGUGAGUCCAGCGCUUUCCCCUCGCGCUACUCUGUGCUGCUGGCCUCCAACUUCACCCGCAACAUAACAUCUGCUUCCCGCUGCUGCACCAUUAGCAAGGAUGCCAAGGUCAAAGUUCGUCUGCACUGUCCUCGAGGCCGUCAUCAUGAUGAUAUCGAGAUCUUGACUGCGCGUGCCUGUCGGUGCAACAUGUGCCACAAAUCCCGUUACUGAGAUCCCACAUAAAGAACGUGCCACUCAUGCUGUACUGGACAACUAAGACUGUGUGCAGAUAUUAAAAUAUGCAGUUUGUUUGCUUGUUUUUAUUUUACUUUGUACAUACAAAUAUACUACCAUUGAAAAGUUUGGGGUCAGUAAAGAUUUCAUUCCUACUUGUAUUCAGCAAGGAUGCAUUAAAUUGAUUAAAAGUGAUAGUAAAAUAUUUUGCAUUUAAAAAAAAGAAGAAAAAAAUCUAGUUCAAAUAAAUGCUAUUCUUUUUAACUUUCUAUUUAUCAAAUGAACCUGGUAAAAAUGUAUCACAAUUUCCACAAAAAAAUAAUCAGGCAGCACAACUGUUUUCAAAACUGAUAAUACAGAAUAUUUCUUGAGCACCAAAUGAGCAUAUUAGAAUGAUUUCUGAAGGAUCAUGUGACACUGAAGUCUGCUGAAAAUUCAGCUUUGUCGUCACAGAAAUAAAUGACAUUUUAAAAUAUAUUUAAAUAUAUUAUUUAAAAAUGUAAUAUUUUACAAUAUUACUGUUUCUACUUACUGCUGCCCUGGUGAGAUUUCAAACAAACCUUACCGCCCUCAAACUUUGAUACAGUUUAAUAAAAUAAUCUCCUUUUCUUUUUAUCUUGUAUCUAAAGUUCUAAGAUGACACAGUUUGAAACAGCAUGAGUGAGAUGUUCUCGAAUGUGGUGUAAAACCAACGCAAAUGACUACAUAAAGCAAUACAAUAUAAAACAAAGGCAAAUAGCAUCAGAUACUCUCUAGUUCAAAUAAAAAUCACUUUUCUAAUGUCGUGC